AUGUUCAGGUUUGAUCCAGCAGAUGAAGACAAAAGAAAGAAACUGUGUGAGGGAAUUCUAAACAUCCUUGAAAAAGACACAAAAACUUCAUGUCAAGUUGCCUGCCUGGAGGCCCUCCGGAUUCUUUCCAGGGACAAGAAGGUUUUAGUGCCUGUAACCACGAAGAGGAACAUGCAGAUCAUUAUGAGGCUAGCAAAGCUGGGCGCUGUGGAAGAUCCUUUGGAGAGAGUGUCUGAAUUUCCUGUUAUAGUAGAAGCUUUAAAAUGUCUCUGUAACAUAAUUUUUAAUAGUGCUGUUGCACAGAAGCUCAGUUUGGAACUGAAUCUUGCAGCUAUGCUCUGCAAUCUUCUGGAAAAAUGCAAGGAGCAACAGUUCGUUGAUGACAUUAAAUGCUUUGAUUUGCGUCUCCUCUUCCUCUUGUCGCUUCUGCACACAGAUAUUAGAUCGCAGUUGCGUCAGGAACUACAAGGGGUGCAAGUUUUGACUCAGGCUUUGGAAAGUUCCCUGAGCGUAAGAUGGACAGAAGAAUAUAAAGCAGCAGAAGAUCAUGACAGGCCUCCUCUAUCUUUGCAAGAGACAGAUUGCGCCAUUGAGGCACUAAAGGCUCUUUUUAAUGUAACACUUGACAGUUGGAAUGUCCACAGCAAGACUGAAUCUCAUCAAUUUCGUUACAUGGCUGCCAUCCUUCGACACUGCUUAUUAACCACGGGCCCUACUGAAGACAAAACUGAAGAGUUGCACAGCAAUGCAAUCAACCUCUUAAGCAAUGUUCCCGUUUCUUGCUUGGAUGUUCUUAUUAGUCCGUCAUCCCAAGAGGAAACAGAUAUAAAAUACAAUGGUAUGAAUAUGGGAGCAAUUCAAAUUUUACUGGAUUUCAUGGAGAAAAGAAUAGACAAGGGAAGCAGCUAUAGAGAAGGUCUGACUCCAGUUCUCAGUUUAUUAACUGAAUGCUGCCGAACUCAUAGGAAUAUCAGGAAGUUUAUCAAAGCUCAGUGGCUCCUUGGUUUGGAUCUGGCCUUGCAAGAGCCCACGUCUGAGGAGUCAGUUGACCUACAACUACUGCACUGCUGGAGUACAGAGAAUGACAUUACAUUCAGAG